CUCCACUGCUCUGCCCGCGUCCUCACAGGCUAAAGCAUCCUCAGGUUUCACGGGGAUUUGCCCAGUAAUGGAUGGCUCUACCAAGGCCAGGUUGGGGAAGUUCAGCCUCAAGGACACCAGGGGACGGAAAACUUCAAAAAGAAGACUCUUUUUAUUAGUAUUUUGGCGUUCUUUUUGGAGAGAAACUCUUGGGAUGUAGCCUUCACCUAUUUCCUGAACUUGACAGCCAAACGCCUUUUUGGAAAGCACCGUUCUAAAUUUAUCCUGUUCUGAAUCAUCGCUUCUGAUAGAUGCAAGUUGCCUUGUUUUGUGUUCUGAUAUUUGGUUUUGUACAACGUUAUUUGGGCUUAGCUUUUGAUAUUCUACUUUUUGUUUAGCAUUUGGAAGUAAUAUUCCCUGAAAAGAGGCUCAGAGAAAAUACUCCAGGACAUUCAAAGCCGGAUUCAAGCAUAUCACGUGUUUGUUUUGUUUUGUUUUUAAUUAGAAAAAUAAGGAAUUGCAGUGUGAUUGCCCCUCCCCCUUUAAUUUAGAGGAACAAGAAUUAUACAGAAAUUUGAAAUUUCAACAAGAAAAACUUAAGCUUCAUUGGAUUCCCACGUCAAAGAAAAGUUCCAAGCUUUCAGAAAGAAUUCUCACUUGAAGAUAAAGAACAAUUUGCUAAUCAUAGAAGAGUGUUCAAUACUAAGCUUUUAACUGCACUUCCUAAAGUUGCAGAAUUAAGAAAAAUCUUUGAACCAAAGAGAAAAGAAGUUGUAGACAUGAAAAGAAAAGAAAGAAUUGCCAGGCGCCUAGAAGGAAUUGAAAAUGACACCCAGCCCCACUUCUUGCAGAGCUGCACGGGGCUGGUGACUCACCGUCUGCUGGAGGAGGACACGCCUCGGUACAUGCGAGCCACCGACCCAGCCAACCCCCACAUUGGCCGAUCAAAUGAAGAGGAAGAAACGUCUGAUUCUUCCAUAGAAAAGCAAAUUCGAUCUAAAUACUGCAGGGAAGCCUCAGGCAUCCACAGCGAUUCAUCCUAUGGUUCUAGUACCAUGGACACCCACAGUCUGGAGUCCAAAGCUGAACGAAUCGCCAGGUACAAAGCGGAAAGGAGACGGCAACUGGCAGAAAAAUACGGGGUAGCUCUGGAUCUCGAAGCCGACUCGGCGGAAUAUCUGUCUCGCUAUUCCAAGCCCAGGAAGGAUCCUGAUGCUAUCGAAAAACGGGGAGGGAAAAGUGACAAACCAGAAGAGUCCAGCAGAGAGUCGAGUUCUCCCUACUCUGGGAGUGAGACUGUAGGGCUCAGGACCUGUGUGGGUGAGUCCAAGGACUACGGCCUGUACGGGAGUGACAGUAUGUCUGAGCAGGAGGUGCUGCUGAACGUGGAAAACCAAAGACGAGGUCAAGAGCUGAGUGCCAGGCGGCAGGCCCAGGACCUGCCCCCAACAGUCGAGAGUUCUUCGACCUACGAAAGUUGUUCGACCUUCUCAUUCUCGGGCCGUGACUCUUUCACUGAUGUGCCAAAGUCCCCAAAGCAGCUGCACACCUCAUCACUGCAGCAGCCAGCAUCCCGGAGCCCCUCCACUGGUGACUCACUGGUGUCUUCUGAUGCCCGGCCCAGUAGCACAGGGAAACCCAAACAUGAGUGGUUUCUCCAGAAAGAUUCCGAAGGGGACACACCUUCACUCAUCAACUGGCCUUCCAGAGUUAAAGUUAGAGAAAAACUGGUGAAAGAGGAGAGUGCUCGCAGCAGCCCUGAACUUGCCCCUGAAUCCUUAACUCAGAGGAGACAUCAGCCAGCACCAGCCCAUUACCUGUCCUUUCAGUCAGAACACUCGGCCUUUGAUAGCGUCCCCAGCAAGGCAGCCAGCGCUGCACGACAGCCCCGCCGUGGCUACGUCCAACCAGCCGAUCCUGGUCGCGCCACCAAGCUGGUGACCGAGGAAACCCCAGAAAACGUGUCUGAGUGUGGCUGGGUGGGAUCAGUCUCCCAGGAUGUCAUAGAACCUCCCACCUUAAAGAUUCCAGAAGGCGAGAGAAGGGAGUCGCCAGUUCUCCAUAUCUGCGAAUCCAAAGCAGAAGAAGACGUGCUCUUCACCGAAGCUCUUGAGAAGGGCAAGAAAACACUGUCUGCUUUGCAGGGUGAUGGGUUUGCAAGAAGCCACGAAGACCCGUCUGGAAAGGAGGACUUCGGUAAGCCAGCCGCUAGCACGGUCACCAUAGAACGUCAGAAGGAGGUGGAAAGUGUCUCACUCCCACCUCAAGAUCAACACCAGCCCACGGAGAGAACAGGCAGAAGCCAAAUGGUUUUGUAUGUUCAGAGUGAGCCCAUGUCCCAAGACGCCAAAGUCACCAGUCACAGAAGGAAGCACAAGGUCCUCACCCGCUCACUGUCGGAUUACACAGGCCCCCCUCCGCCCCAGGCCUCCAAGCUUAAGGUCCCCACUUCAAAGCCAGAGCUGGAGCCACAGAGUUCCAAGGCUGAGGAGCUUCCUGGGGACGUCGGUGUGCCGGACACAAAGGUCUCUGUCGCUCAGCUCCGAAGUAUGUUUCUGGAGUCUGCCAACGCCUGCAAGAGACCCGAACUCCACCCACGGGUGGAGAGGGCCCCCAAAGGAGUUGGCUUGGCCACCAGUGUGGAACAGGAGAGAGGGUCCCGGAAACCAAGACGCUAUAUUUCUCCUGGUGAAAGUAGAAAAACUUCUGAGAGAUUUAGAACUCAACCCAUAACCUCAGCAGAACGACAGGAAUCGGAUAGGAGUACUUCACAUGCGGAAAUGCCAACUAUUGAGGAUGAAGAAAAGGUGGAUGAGAGAGCCAAGCUGAGUGUGGCUGCCAAGAGGCUGCUUUUCAGGGAAAUGGAAAAAUCCUUCGAUGAACAAAAUGUUCCAAAACAACGCUCGAGAAACGCGGCCGUGGAGCAGAGGCUACGCAGGCUGCAGGACCGGUCCCUCACCCAGCCCAUCACCUCCGAGGAGGUGGUCAUUGCAGCCACUGAACCCAUCCCUGCUUCGUGCCCUGUCACGGCGAGACUUCCUAGUCCCACUGUAGCUAGGAGCACUGUGCAGCCUGCCAGAUUACAGGCAUCUGCUCACCAUAAGGCUUUAGCCAAGGACCAGACAAAUGAGGGCAGAGAUUGUGCUGAACCAGGAGAACCUGAUUCCUCCACUCUGAGCUUAGCAGAGAAGUUGGCCUUGUUUAACAAAUUGUCCCAGCCAGUCUCCAAGGCUAUUUCUACCCGAAACAGAAUAGACAUGAGACAGAGGAGAAUGAACUCUCGCUAUCAGACUCAGCCAGUCACCCUGGGAGAGGUGGAACAGGUGCAAAGUGGGAAGCUCAUUCCUUUCUCGCCCACUGUUAACACGUCUGUGUCCACCGUGGCACCUACAGCCUCGCCAAUGUUUGCAGGGGAACUUCGGGCAAAGCCAUCUCUUGAGGACAGUGCAGGGGCCACUGACUACAAAUUGCCUUCUUCAGUAGAAAAUUCGGAUUCUGCAGUCAGAAGCAUUCUGAAAUCCCAAGUGUGGCAGCCUUCGGUGGAGGAGAGGGGAAACAAAGAGAUGUUGAGGGAAUCUGGAGAACCAGAAAGCAAGCGAGCCUUGGCAGGUGACGACAGUGGCGUGAAGAAGUAUGGGUCCUUCGAGGAAGCCGAGCCGACCUACUCCGUCUUUAACAGAGUCAGGGAUGGGGACGUCCACAAGGAACCUCGCUACGCAGUUCCCAGGAAAGGAAGCCUGGAGUUAGCUAAUCCUCCCCUCGCCCAUCUUGGUGAUGAACUGGAGGAAUUUUCUACUGGGAAAACCAAUGCAUAUGGGAACUUGGACUUGACAGACAGGCAGCCCUUUGAAGAGAAGGUGGAUGUGGAGAAUGUCGCGAGCAGGAAGUUUUCUCUAAGAGCGGCAGAGUACGGGGAGCCCACUUCCGAGCAGAAGGGGACAGCUGCUGGGAAAACAGUCACUCAAACCUCAACCCCUGUGACCUGGAAGCAGCAAGAUUCUUCCGAACAACUGCAGAAGCACCAGAAGAAUCCAUGUGCGAUGUUUGCUGCUGGAGAGAUCAAAACACCAACAGGAGAGGGCAUCCUGGAAUCGCCCAGCAAAACCAUGUCGAUUAAAGAAAGAUUGGCCCUGUUGAAGAAGAGCGGGGAGGAAGACUGGAGAAACAGACUCAACAGGAAGCAGGAGUGUGGCAAAGCGUCCGCUGGGAGCAGCCUGCACAUUCAAGAAGUGGGACAGUCGCUUGCCAAGAAGCGGGUCACAGAAAGUCAAGAAAGCCAGAUGACCAUUGAGGAGAGGAAGCAUCUGAUCACAGUGAGGGAGGAAGCCUGGAAGACCAAAGGCCGGGGCGCAGCCAAUGACUCCACCCAGUUUACGGUGGCUGGGAGGAUGGUCAAGAAAGGUUUGGCGUCACCCACUGCCGUAACCCCAGUGGCAUCCCCCAUUUGCAGUAAAACAAGGGGGACUACACCAGUGUCCAAACCCCUAGAAGAUAUUGAAGCCAAACCAGAGAUGCAGUUGGAAUCUGACCUGAAGCUGGACAGGCUGGAAACCUUCCUGAGAAGGCUGAAUAAUAAAGCUGGUGGGAUGCAGGAAACAGUGCUCACUGUCACCGGUAAAUCUGUUAAAGAGGUGAUGAAGUUGGAUGACGAUGAAACUUUUGCCAAAUUUUACCGGAAUGUGGAUUCUAACAUACCAAGAAGCUCCGUGGAGCUAGAAGAGGACUUCGAUGUUAUUUUUGAUCCUUAUGCACCCAAAUUGACGUCUUCUGUGGCCGAGCACAAGCGCUCUGUUAGGCCCAAGCGCCGGGUCCAGGCUUCCAAAAACCCACUGAAGAUGCUGGCAGCCAGAGAUGACCUCCUGCAGGAGUACACGGAGCAGAGACUGAACGUGGCCUUCAUGGAGUCAAAGAGGAUGAAAGUGGAAAAGAGGUCCUCCAAUUCCAACUUCUCAGAAGUCACUCUGGCAGGGUUAGCCAGUAAAGAGAACUUCAGCAGCGUCUGCCUGCGGAGCGUCAACCUGACGGAGCAGAACUCCAACAACAGCGCGGUGCCCUACAAGAAGCUGAUGCUGCUACAGAUCAAAGGGAGAAGACACGUGCAGACCAGGCUGGUGGAACCUCGAGCUUCGUCCCUCAACAGUGGGGACUGCUUCCUCCUGCUGUCUCCCCACCACUGCUUCCUGUGGGUGGGAGAGUUUGCAAAUGUCAUCGAAAAGGCCAAGGCCUCAGAGCUUGCAACUUUAAUUCAGACAAAGAGGGAACUUGGAUGUAGAGCUACUUAUAUCCAAACUAUUGAAGAAGGGAUUAAUACACAUACUCAUUCAGCCAAAGACUUCUGGAAGCUCCUUGGUGGCCAAACCAGUUACCAAUCUGCUGGAGACCCAAAAGAAGAUGAGCUAUAUGAAACAGCUAUCAUAGAAACAAACUGCAUUUACCGUCUCGUGGAUGACAAACUUGUUCCUGAUGAUGACUACUGGGGGAAAAUUCCAAAGUGCUCCCUCCUACAACCAAAAGAGGUACUGGUGUUUGAUUUUGGUAGUGAAGUUUAUGUGUGGCAUGGGAAAGAAGUCACAUUAGCACAACGAAAAGUAGCAUUUCAGCUGGCAAAGCACUUAUGGAAUGGAACCUUUGACUAUGAGAAUUGUGACAUCAACCCCUUGGACCCUGGAGAAUGCAACUCGCUUAUUCCCAGAAAAGGACAGGGGCGGCCUGAUUGGGCCAUAUUUGGGAGACUCACCGAGCACAAUGAGACUAUUUUGUUCAAAGAGAAGUUUCUGGAUUGGACGGAACUGAAGAGACCCAACGAGAAGACCACCGGGGAGCUCGCCCAGCAGAAGGAAGACCCGAGGGCUGAUGUGAAGCCCUACGACGUGACGCGAAUGGUGCCUGUGCCCCAGAUGACAGUGAGCACCAUCCUGGAUGGAGUCAAUGUCGGCCGUGGCUAUGGCCUGGUGGAGGGGCAGGACAGGAGGCAGUUCGAGAUCUCCAGCAUCUCCGUGGAUGUCUGGCACAUCCUGGAGUUCGACUAUAGCAGGCUCCCCAAGCAGAGCAUCGGGCAGUUCCACGAGGGGGACGCCUAUGUGGUCAAGUGGAAGUACAUGGUGAGCACCACAGUGGGAAGCCGACAGAAGGCAGAGCACUCAGUGAGGGUGGCCGGCAAAGAGAAGUGCGUCUACUUCUUCUGGCAAGGCCGACAGUCGACAGUGAGCGAGAAGGGAACGUCGGCGCUGAUGACAGUGGAGCUGGAUGAGGAAAGGGGGGCCCAGGUCCAGGUUCUCCAGGGCAAGGAGCCCCCCUGUUUUCUGCAGUGUUUCCAGGGGGGGAUGGUGGUGCACUCCGGGAGGCGGGAAGAGGAGGAAGAAAAUGCUCAAAGUGAGUGGAGGCUGUACUGCGUGCGAGGAGAAGUGCCCAUGGAAGGAAAUCUGCUGGAGGUGGCCUGUCACUGCAGCAGCCUGAGGUCCAGGACUUCCAUGGUGGUUCUCAAUGUAAAUAAGGCCCUCAUAUACCUGUGGCAUGGAUGCAAAGCCCAGGCCCACACCAAGGAGGUCGGAAGGACGGCAGCCAAUAAAAUCAAGGAACAGUGUCCCCUGGAGGCGGGCCUGCACAGCAGCAGCAAGGUGACCAUCCACGAGUGUGACGAAGGCUCCGAGCCUCUGGGAUUCUGGGAUGCUUUAGGAAGGAGAGACAGGAAGGCCUAUGACUGCAUGCUUCAAGAUCCGGGGAGUUUUAACUUCGCACCUCGCCUGUUUAUCCUCAGCAGCUCCUCUGGAGACUUUGUAGCCACAGAGUUCACGUAUCCCGCACGCGCCCCCUCCCUGGUCAGCUCCAUGCCCUUCCUGCAGGAGGAUCUGUACAGUGCGCCCCAGCCAGCGCUGUUCCUUGUGGACAAUCACCAUGAGGUGUAUCUCUGGCAAGGCUGGUGGCCCAUUGAGAAUAAGAUCACUGGCUCUGCCCGCAUUCGCUGGGCAUCUGACCGGAAGAGCGCCAUGGAGACAGUGCUCCAGUACUGCAAAGGGAAAAAUCUGAAGAAGCCGCCCCCCAAGUCUUACCUUAUCCACGCCGGUCUGGAACCCCUGACAUUCACCAAUAUGUUUCCCAGCUGGGAACACAGAGAGGACAUUGCCGAGAUCACGGAAAUGGAUACGGAAGUUUCCAAUCAGAUCACCCUGGUGGAAGACGUCUUAGCCAAGCUCUGUAAAACCAUCUAUCCACUGGCUGAUCUCCUAGCCAGGCCCCUCCCAGAAGGAGUGGAUCCUCUCAAGCUGGAGAUUUAUCUCACCGAUGAAGACUUUGAGUUUGCACUAGACAUGACGAGAGACCAGUACAGCGCACUGCCCGUGUGGAAGCAGGUGAACUUGAAGAAAGCAAAAGGCCUGUUCUGAGUGGCAGAGAUGGCGGAGGAACCUCAGUGGUCACCUUCCGUACCACUGGACCAGGGAAAUGGAUAUUUAUUUUUGGACUAGUAUUUUUAAACGAGUUAUUUUUAAACCAGAGUUUUCCGAACCUGACAGUUGUUAACCACUCUGCUCGUCCUGGAGUUGUGUAUUUUGUAAAUGUUGGAGAGAACUGUUGGGAAACUUCCUUUGCACAAUUGGGCAGGUCAUGUUAAUAAAAGUAUCUGUUUCGUGCACUCAGCGGUGAUUCCUCGACAGCUGCUCUACCACUGCCCUCCUGUUCCAGCUAAGCAUUGCCUUUCUUUUUGUUUUUUGAAGCAGUUCUCUUUAUAAAGUGUUGUUUUGAUAGUUUGUGGAUUCUAAAAAUUAUAUAUAUAUUUAUAUAAACACCAUAUAAGUCAAAUAUGUAUUUAAACAAAGCAAUAUGUAUUCAUUCACUUCUAAGAUUGUUUUUUGGGUGUCAAAAUAAUAUUAAGAGGUAGACGGAGUUGCUUCCAUUCAAUUAACUCUGCCACCAGUAUGUUUUCUUCAUAAGUGUUCGGGAAUGUUCCCUUCAGCCUUAGGUAUGACUUGUUCUGAGUACUGCUUCCGGUGCUAAAACGAACAAAGAAUUUGUACUUAAUGGCAUGGACUCUGAAGAAUCUAUGCGAAUCAACCUUUCUACCUUAAUAUCUCCCCCCCAAAAAAUGUAUAGUGCCUUGUUUUUAUGUACAGUUUAUAUACAGAAAAGUUUGCUCUGCGUUUUCGAUGAUGGUUUAGAACCUUAUCUACAAUUUUACUCUCAAAUAGUAAAAAUAAAAACAUCUCAGUUUCUAAUACCUGUUGUAAACAAUACACAUGUCAUUUUGUGACAGGGGAUUCCAAAAUAAAAGCAUCAGAAUAAACACA